AAGAAGAAGAAGAAGAAGAGGAAGAAGGGACAGUUCCGGGACAAACCAUGGUAAACACGGGUUUGUCAUGUUUAUGUAGAAACAUUUUAAUACGUCGUGACACGCUUUUCCCAAUGAAAACAAGUUGAGAAAGGGAUCCAGAUAAGCCACUCCUACCCGUUGGUUGUGAAGAUGGAGCAGCAUGCUCACUGCAUCUCCUGUAUCAAUCAAAGGUGCAUCGUCAAACCUGAACCAGGAUUUUCUUGUGAUUUCUUCAAUUGUCCCCUGUUGUGCGGGGCUGUAUUUCAUUCCUGCAAAGUUGAUGAGCACCAACUACUCUGCCCAUUUAUGAAGGUGCAAUGCCCCAAUAGCAACUACGGCUGCCCGGCUAUUCUAAGCCGUAACAAAAUCCCUGCACACCUGGAUGUAUGUCCAGCUGGCGUUGUCUUUUGCACAAAGAGCUGGAACUUACAUUCUGCUUGCCUCUUGGAUUCUCGACCUGACCGGGAUGUUGAGAGUAUGUUGGAGGAAAUAAGGCACCAUAGAUACCUAGGAAUAGCUCUGGAGGACUGUCAGGCACUCUUUGAGACAAUAGAGGAGCUUGGGAUGACAGAUUUAGCUCGCGAAGAUCCUGUCAUUGAUAAAGAGCGUAAAGCGAUACAAUUAGCUUUAAAGGCACCCUCUACUCAUUAUUCAACCUUACAGUUUUCCUCCUCACAGUCAAUUUCCAAAGGACUCCAAACAGAGGAAGAUGUCAGUAAAAUUAAUUCUUUCAAUGAGCUAUUUAAAGCCAAAGCUGAGACUGCUAGAAGCUCAGCUGCUGGUUUAAACAUUGUUAGUAGCACCAACUCUGCUAAACGCAACUUACAUGACGAGUAUGAAAGGGAUGUCCUUUUAAAAAUGUCUAUGAACAACGAUGUAAUUACUGAUACACUGAAUAAAAACACAACCUGUGGACCACUGAUUGGAGAAACAGAAUCCAGGAAUAGUAUUUCAAAUGAACCUAAAACCCCUCAAAUGAUAUUACCAGUACAUGUCAGCCAGGGUGUGGCUGGGCGUUUAGUUUUGGAUGAUGAAGUGAUGCUUCAUCCUGGAAAUCUUAAGCCUAAGACGAUGCAUCAGCUCAACUGUCCCUAUAAGGGCCAUGGCCAAAGUCCUUUAUCAAAUGGACAAUCCGAAUACAGACUUGGAGCUGACAUGGAAGACAAAGCAGUGGAUACAUGGGAUUUGAAACACAAAGUUCAAACAGAGAUUUCUUCGGUUUCAGCUGCCCUGCUCGCCUGUUCAGAAACACACAAGGACUGUAGAGGAAUCUCUGACACUGUCUACACUGAUUACCGUGUUCAUUUUGGCACGCAAACCUUUAGAAACAUUCCUCGCACUUCUCCCAUCGUGUGUGGUCAGUCGCUCCGUCGUGACCAGUUUUCCUCUCAUUAUAGAAACAUUCAUUGCGAUUUUCACCCCAACUUCCGUGACCGCAUAGAGUCCCGCUGCCCCCUGGCGAUGUACGGCUGUAGGUUUUCACAGCAGAGGUUGUACCCAUCCGCUCGGGGGACCAGAGUGGUUUAUCAUAAGCAGCUCAAAGCAUUUGUGAUCCAGCCUUGCAUCAGUUUGACAUCUCCGACAGGCUCCAGACCAGAUCAGUUCAGCGGGCUGCCCAUUGAGAUACUGUGGCACAUAGCUGGAUUCCUGGACAGUUUUAGCUUGUGCCAGUUGUCCUUGGUGUCCAGGACUAUGAGGGAAGUGUGUGCCAGUCUUCUCCCUUCUAGGGGGAUAGUAGAGCUGCAGUGGGAGAGAGGACAUUUUCCUGGUCGUCCGCAUGAUUUUAGGUGGCAGGUGAAAAACAAAGUGUGGAAAUUUAGCCCUUCAGUCACUCCUGUGCAUUCUUGGGGUUUUCUUGAUGUUCCCAGUGUAUCAGACCACAUGAAGAAAUGCCCCUUCUUCAGCAAAUCUGAGACAAAGUCAGAGCCGAUUCCCCUCACAGCCAUGUGCACCGAACAAGAUAGGCUCUCAAUCCUCGAUUGCCUUCACUCCCUGCGUCAUAUCACCUCUUGAUCAGACAAGGCUGAUCUUCGUAACGUUCACUUUGAAAAUAUGGGACUGAAAUAAAUCAAAACUUUAUUAUUAAGAAAUCUUUUUGAUAAAACAUUGCACUUAGCUCCUUGGCUCUGAGUUGGAAGAAAGAAGUAAGCAUAGAUAUUUCAUUUGUGCUGGAAUUGUAACAUUAUUUUUCUAAGAUUGAAAUAAUAUAUAUUAAUAACCAUAGAUUUGCACUUUAGAUCUCUAUUAUCUUCAAGUUUAAACAUAACUUUAUUAAUUCUUGCUGCUAGGGGUGCUUUUUUGUCAGUAAAUAGGAUUCUCUCAGGGUUACCUCCUUCUGCCCUCAAUAACAGAAUGCCACUCUGAUUGUCCGCAAACUAUUGCAGCCUUUUUAUGUAACUUAAAUAUUUGAUAAAUAAAUAUGUACAGUGAACUUUUAAGGCAGCUGGGGACAAAAAUGGGUCUAUUUAGAAUUUUCCUUCCCUCUCAAUAAUUUUGAAAACCUUGUUUUUAUGCAGUGCCAUUACUUGUUAAAUGCAGACAUGUUCCUUAAAAUGAUUCAGAUUUUAAAGCUCUUCAUGAUACUAAAACUUCACACACAGAGGUUUGAGUUUUUUUAAAUGGCUCUAAUUCAGUAGACUCUUAAAUAAUAAAGCACUUUAGGCUGGAAAAUCGAAUCCUAAUACUUUCGAUUAAGAUAUUUUUUCCUUCCAUCUGGUGAGUGUUUAAUGUGUCUGUCCAAAAUGCCACUGCUCGGUCACUUUCACUCAGAUGUAGACACUGGAAUGAAGUUUAUUGACAAAGGUUAUUGAUAUUUUUGCACCACAGACCAUAGAUGUGACCUAUGAUGUCUGUAGAAAAAAGAAGUUAGGGCAACACAGUGUUGUGAAACACCUCUAGUAAAACCACAGAACAGAAUACUCUGAAUCUAUGUUGUGGACAAAAGAGGAGAGGUCCGUUUCUGGUUCUGUUGCUGCUACUCAUUAGGGGUAUUGACUCAAAUUAUCAGAAUAGUAUUAUCAAUACCAGCCUGCAAUAUACUCUAGCGUACUCGUCUAACAUCAUUGCACCCUUUUCCACAUUCAUGGGUGUUUGAAUCUAAUGUUUGUUUCUUUUUGUCUCUUCCAUGUUUUGUGUUAAUCCACAAGUUGUUUUUUUAGGAUUUUUUUACAUAUCGUUCUAAUUGAAAUCUUAAUUUAAUGACUUUUAUUCCAGCAUUUGAUUUCACUUUUUUGAUGUUUACUAUGUUUUAUCAUGUUUUUGUUGCAAUGUUGUUUUUAUUUUUGAUGCCACUAUACUAUAACUUUAUGGAUUGCACUUUGGCCAAAGGAGCACUUUUUAACACGUAUUUAUAAUACAGCCAUGGACAAACUUUUUUGUGUUAAAAUCUGUGAUUAAAGCUUUUGCAUAUGAAAUUGUAUGUUGGACAAAUGUUCAGUGGUGCAAUAAACCAGAUGAGGUUGGAUCAACA